UGUCGCAGUCGCAGUCGCAAACGGUGCUGUCGUUUGCCUUUUGUGUCGUGAGUAACUCAGUCCGGUUUUGGAACCCAACGUUGAGCGCGUUUCGCGGAUUGUGCAGUGCAGUUUAGUUGUUGUCAAUGUUGCUUGUUGUUUUUGCCUGCCUGACAAAUCCCAUUUUCCCAUAAAUAUCAGUGCGUCUCCUCUGUGUGCAUGCAAAAAAAAAAAUUAAAUAGCCGACGGCUUUCCAGUGAAUUAUUGUGCAAAUUCCAAAAGAUACAAACACAAACAGAUGCAGCUUAGCGAUAAGUGAUACAGAAUAUCCCCCCCAAAAAAAAUAAGAACACUCAAAAAGCAUUAAAACCUGGCUGCUGCUCCUGCUGCUGCUGCUACUCGUCUUAAGGGGCAACAACGUAAUUGAAAUUGAAGCCCUUGUGGAGGGAUUGCAAGUCAAGAGACGUUAACUAGAUCCGGAUUCAAGGAUGGUGCUCGUGUUAAAUGGCGUGCUGCAGGACGAUUGCCCGAUGGACACAAACAGUUUGUUCCUGCAGCAUCCCGUCUAUAGAGAUUAUGCACAGCAACUGCACUCCAUACAGGCCAAAUCCAUCGGUCCGGUGGGUCUCCUCUAUGUGGGACAACGGGAGUUGGCUGCUGCAGCGCCGCACGACAAGAAUAUCAACAUAAUUGGCGCCGAUGAUGCCACCACCUGUAUUAUUGUUGUUGUCCGGCACUCGGGCUCUGGUGCUGUGGCCCUGGCACAUUUCGAUGGCAGCGGCGUGGAUGAAGCCGUCUGCACAAUGGUGUCGCGUGUGCAGGAAUUGGCGUUGGGUUAUCCCGAAGGACGCAUCGAAUUGCAGCUGAUUGGUGGCUUUCGGGACUCGCAGGGCUAUGGCGAAGAUGUCUUCUAUAGCAUUAUGCAAUCAUUCCACAAGCAUCACCUCGAAAUUGACUUGACGCAGGCGUGCGUGGGCGAGUUGAACACAAUGCUGCGCGGCGAGAUCAACUGUCCGAUCAUUUAUGGUGUGGGCGUUAACAUCAAGACUGGCGAGAUCUUUCCGGCCUCAUUCCCGGAUCGAGGUCCAGAUCGACAAUUGCGCGAUGCGCGCAUCUUUAUGGGUGCACAAACGGUGUUGGACGUUUAUGACUCCACGCUGGGCAUGCUGAGAAUUGGACCAUUCAACUAUGAUCCAUUGCGUGGCGCCGACUUGUGGCUGUCACAGACAGAUGAGUUUCUGCUGCAACAUUUGUCCUCCAGUCCCGACGUGGAGCCGCCACAUUUUGCGCCACAGAUGCGUGCCACCAUCAGAUUCAUACAGGAGAACCAGUUUCCCGCUGUCACCGUCUUCAGGGACAAUCGACCCCGAUACUAUAGACGUGAUGAUGCCACGGGCUGCUGGGUUUUGGUUAGAUAUUAAAGAUUAAUUUAGUAUUUAGUUGUUAAACAAAUAGUGAAAACGUUUUUGGAGAACUGUCAAUACAUAUUAUACAUAUACAUACAUAUAUUAAUAAUAGUGCAUUCUGGCAAAUCAGAUGUAUAUUGGUGCAUGUGUUAAUUGCCGUUCCUCACCGUUACCCUCCCUCCCUCUCUGCCGCCCUUCUCACCACACGUCUCGAAAACUUCCUAAUUACCACACAUCAUUUUUAAUUAUACACAUAAUCGUUGCUUCUGCUUACACAUUUUUGCAAUUUAAUUGUUGAGUUAAUUGUAUUUGGCUGUAAUUGAAUUUGAUUGCAAUACUUUAAUUAUAACUCGAUUAGCAAUUCGAUUCACAUGUCGAUCGAGCAUUGUAUCUCAAAUAUAUCUUAUUCUCUCUAAUUACAUGUAGAUUCUAGAUUGAGUUCGGAUAUAAUGAACAACUUUGGAAUGCGCCUUAUUAAUGGAUCUGAAAGUAAAACGAUAAUUAUAUAUAUACAUUAUUAUUAUUAUGUAUACAUACAUAUAUGUAAAUAUAUAUAUGUAAUUCUUAUUAAUGGAAUUUUAAAGAGAUUCUUAGCAAAAUAUAUAUACACAUGUGUAAACCAACAUUUAAUAAAUGCAAUCAUUUUAGUUGUAACUGUAAACUGUAAUCAAACUUAAAGAAAUUAAAAUGGCUUGGCUAUUCGUAAAUACAUACCACUACAAAAGUUA